AUGUCGGACGAUAUAACUGUCGAUGGUAUUUUGGUGAUUGGUAUAACGACACUCCUGCUUCACUUCAUCUUCUCAACGAUUGUAGAUCAAAACCAAGAGACAUCCGGGAAGCUGAGGUUGGAGUCCAACUGCUCUCUGCACAUUAAUGAUCUUACUAUUGAUGAUGCUGGACGAUACAACUGUCAACAAUAUUCCAACGUGACGAAUUAUGAAGAUACUCGUGUUGUACUUAAAAGUGUAACAGCUGCAUCUCUUGGUCCUUUUUCAGUCUCUUCAUCCUCUUCAAGCUCAGAGCUGAAGACUGGUAGUGAAGUUACUCUUUACUGUGAACUACAAUCCCAAAGUGUUUGCACUGAAAUCCCACCAGGAACAGUUUCCUGGGUGACCGAGACAGGUACUCCACUGGAGGGAGACAGGUACAAGGUGGAACAGUCCAUCUGCGCCUCCACUCUGACUGUGACUCUUCAGUCCUCAGACCACCACAGGAAUUGGAUAUGUCAGCUGACUAGAGAAGGGGAAGUGAAGGUUUCACACAGUUACCCUACCAUCCUCUCUGUUGUCAGAGGUGUGGAGAUGCCACUCAGACUGUCUGUCUUUUUCAUCGUCCUAACCACCCCUCUGGUCAUUGGAGCUGUUGUUUACAGCAAGAGGAAGUUCCGCCCAGAAGCAGAUUGUGUGUCCUCUGAACCAUCUGUACACUACAUUAAUAUAGGGAUGUCACAUGGAAGUCCACCUGCUGAGGCCACCUCUUCUCUGCCCUAAUGAGUCCU